AUGUCGCACCGGUCAAAGAAUACUGCGGGAAAGCCACAGUUUGAAAUACCCGCGCUCAAUCUCAACUUUGGCAGCAUUACGGAUGGUACGAACAUACCGCCGCCUCCGCCAUCGCCAAAGGUGCCAACGCCACCGCAAACGCCCCCGACGGUCAAUGCUAAAGACGUCCCGGCACAUGGCCCAACCGCUGCGAAUAAAGCCAAUGGUAUUAAUACCGGUACUUACUCACCCGAGGAGCAUGUCCUGUCGAGCCCGACCCGCCAGGUUCAGCUGGGCUCGCUUCGGCGCAUGUUAAGCAGACGCACUUUGAAUAACACAGCCGCAGAAAGCCAGCUUCCCGGCAGCCAAAGUGUGCCGGUGCUGGACGAUGUCGAUCGACCGCAGAGCCGUGGCGGAUUCAGUUUGAUGGGCGAUCGGAAAUCGAAGCGCAAUAGCGGUUGGUUCAAAAGAUUCCGCCAUGUCGAUCAGCCCCCUUCGUCGCCAAGACGCUCAAGCUUCAUCAUGGGUGGUAGCUCAAGCAAUCUACCUGCUGCGAGGCAGCUAGAGCCACCACCUCCAAUGAUUCCAGAGCUUCGAGAUCUUGAAAAGGACGAAGGCAGCCUCGGUUCCGACAUAUUUCGAAACAUAAAAUAA